AUACAACAAUGUUUUUGGCUGGACAAAAUAUAGGAAAGAAAAUGGUCACACAUUCAAUGACUUUAUUCUGCGCUAGACAACCAGUGGGAUGCACAAAGCUCCACUUCAAGGGUACUGCCUCCAUCAAAGAUCAAGGCUUUGAAUGCUUUUCAAUCACUGCCCCACUCCCAACCUUUGCUGCCUAAUAUUCCACCCAAUUUAUACCUUCAGUGUUCAGAUCUACACAUCUAAGUAUCCUUUGCUGUAGUCUCUAGACAAGCAUCCUUUCAACUAUAAAAGAUACUAAAGCAAGCAAUCCAUUUCAAACGAGGUGUCUUCAAGAGACACACCCAGCUCCCAUUCAUUAUCCCUAUUGCUGUCUUAUUCCAAGUGAAGUGUUGAGCUAUUCAGUGAAUAGAUCUAAAAUGAAACCGCAAAGGAAUUAUGAAGGCGACAUGUGGACAGGAUAGCAUGGGGAGACUGCAUUAACAGAUGUAUAGCAGUAUUAACCAACUUGUUGUUUCAAUGCAGUGGUAUGAAAUGCUGUGACUUUAACAUCAGUCAUUGCACCAGGAAGUCACAGCUGAAAUUGAAUUUUGUGGGUUGGUGUGCACCGCCAUAAUGACCAAUGGCCUAUUCGGUAGUCACCAACAUUGAAAACAACAACUCACAGUCACACAUUUAGAAGCUUCAUGAAAGACAUUUGGGUCAGUCUCUUAAAUGUUAGCCUUUUCAACCAUUACCUAAAGGUAUGUGUCUUGAAGACACCUUAUUUGAAAUGGAUUGUUUGCUUCAGUAUCUUUUAUAGUUGAAAGGAUACUUAGUUGUGUAGAUCUGAAUAGUGAGGGUAUAAAUUACAAACCGAUUUUAAGAGAUAAAUUAUUUUUGAGUGGUAUUUCAAUAGGGUUCUAAGGAGACUUGAGACAACUGCUUUUUGUCAACUUACUGGUACAUAAUCUUAAAAAUAUAUUAAUUCACAGGAUGUGGGUGUAAUUGACUAGGUCAGCAGUUGUCCAUCUCCAAUUGCCCUGGUUGUGGCGAACUGCCUUCUGGAACCGCUGCAGUAUUUGGGAUCCAGAGAAAUCCAAAGUACUGUUGAGCCUUCCAAGAACUGUCUGUCCCAGGGUGCUCUGCCGGGUUGCGCAUGUUUUGUCGCUUUGUGGUGUUUGCUGAAACUGUCGAUGUGUGUAGGAGGCUGGGGGUGUUGAACCGUCCGGUUGGAGUGCACCCAGAAAGCGGAUUAGUGGCAAUUGCUGUGAGGAGGGGCAGGAGGAGUUACUGCUGCGGCUGCGGGAGGUGGCGGUCAGGCAGGUGAAGGGAGCGCGCGAGCAGCCGAACCCCCAAACACCUGGACAGCGCGAGGGCUGAUUGUCCCCGGGAGACAAGUGUGUUUGUGGACAUGGUGUAGUGGGCCCUUCUGCUCACUGGUGAGAUGCAACAAAGAUUUUGGGAAGAGAUGAAUGCAGAUCCAAUUCUUGAAGAGACCUUAAUUAAAAGAUCACAACAGAAGAAACGGACUUCUCCACUCAACUACAAAGAAAGAUUGUUUGUUUUAACCAAAUCAAGAUUAACAUACUAUGAUGGUCGUCCUGAGAAAAAGUACAAAAAGGGCUCCAUUGACAUACAAAGGAUCAAGUGUGCAGAAAUAGUGAAACAUGACAGUGGUCCCAUUCCUUGCCAGAACAAGUAUCCUUUUCAGAUUAUAUACGAUGGUAAUACCUUGUAUGUUUUCUCUCCAACCGCUGAGAGCAGAAGCAUGUGGGUGAAAAAACUAAAAGAAGAAAUAAGAAAUAAUGACUUAAUAAUACCAAAAUAUCAUCCAAAAUUCUGGGCAGAAGGAGUAUGGCAAUGCUGUAGACAAGCAGACAAACUUGCUCCAGGCUGUGAAGAAUAUAACCUCUUUGGAGAUAUUACUCGAAAGCCACUUCCUCCAACACCAGAUGAUAUGCUAUCUAACAAUCCACGAAGAUAUGUUUAUAAGCCUCAAUCACCCCUACCACGACCUGAAGAUGAAGAUUAUGAUGAUGAGGAAGAGGAGGAGGAGGAGGAGGAGAUGGUUUUAGCAAUGUAUGAUUUUGAAGCAUUAGAGGCCCAUGAUCUAAGCUUAGUAAAGGGUGAAGAAUAUGUCCUGAUACAAAAAUGUGACGUGCAUUGGUGGAAAGCAAGAGAUAAGAAUGGACAUGAGGGCUACAUACCAAGCAAUUAUGUAACAGAGAAGAAAUCCAACAAUUUAGAAAAAUAUGAGUGGUAUUGCAAAAAUGCAAAUAGAAGUAAAGCGGAACAGUUAUUGAGGUCUGAGGAUAAAGAAGGAGGUUUUGUUGUGAGAGAUUCCAGCCAACCUGGGAUGUAUACAGUAUCUCUUUAUACCAAAUUUGGAGGAGAUGGCAGUGGAUCAACUCGACAUUACCAUAUAAAGCUAACCCAGGGACCUGUCAGACAGUACUACUUGGCAGAAAAGCAUUUAUUUAACAAUAUUCCUGAAUUGAUUGAGUACCAUCAGCAUAAUGCAGCAGGUCUUGUCACACGGUUACGAUAUCCAGUGGGCCGUAAAGGACGAUCUGCACCUACAACUGCUGGCUUCAGCUAUGAUAAAUGGGAAAUAAAUCCGUCUGAGCUAACUUUUAUGAAAGAGCUGGGAAGUGGACAGUUUGGAGUGGUACGUUUAGGAAAGUGGCGGGCUCAACACAAAGUAGCAAUUAAAGCAAUUCGUGAAGGUGCAAUGUAUGAAGAGGAUUUCAUAGAAGAAGCUAAAAUCAUGAUGAAAUUAUCUCAUCCAAAAUUAGUGCAAUUGUAUGGAGUUUGCACACAGCAGAAACCAAUAUAUAUAGUGACUGAAUUUUUGGAACUUGGUUGUCUGCUGAACUAUCUUCGACAAAGAAGAGGGCAGUUAAACAAUGAAAUGUUAUUGAGCAUGUGCCAGGACGUAUGUGAUGGCAUGUCAUAUUUGGAAGCAAGUGGAUUCAUACACAGAGAUCUGGCUGCCAGAAACUGCUUGGUGAGUGACUCACAUGUGGUGAAAGUGUCUGAUUUUGGAAUGACCAGAUAUGUCUUGGAUGAUCAGUACACUAGUUCUUCAGGUGCCAAGUUUCCUGUGAAAUGGUCACCUCCUGAGGUGCUACAUUACUCUAAGUUCAGCAGUAAAUCUGAUGUGUGGUCAUUUGGGGUUUUGAUGUGGGAAGUUUAUAAUGAGGGCAAGAUGCCAUUUGAAACCAAAACAAAUGCUGAAGUUGUUGAGUUCAUUUCAUCUGGUUGUCGACUGUAUCGACCAAAACAAGCAUCGAAGGCAGUGUAUGAGAUCAUGAAUCAAUGUUGGCAUGAGAAAGCAGAGAGACGACCAGGUUUUUCACACCUUUUGAUGAUGAUUAAUCAAAUAAUGGAAUGUGACUGUUAAAGAGGCUAAUCUGGUUGGUUGUGGACGGCUGGAAUUAAAGCAUGAUGCUGGAAACCUUGUUGCAUUUUAUGAUGGAUUUUCUUUACACUGGUUGUGCAGGAUUUGAAACAUGAAGCAAAGGUUUUGCUGUAACUGAGUAAAAGUUUCUUAAUAUGCACUUGAGGAAGAUUACCUGUUGAUGCAGGUGCUCAUUGACCUCACAGUAUUUUAAACAUUAACAUACAUUUAUUGAGAAGGGUGUUCAUUUUGCUAUGACAUUAUCUCAUGAUUCUGUCAUUCUGCAAGUCAGUGACAAUUGUAUUGAAACUGAUGCUAAAUCGUCAGCAUCAUUUGAUGAGUGGUCUUUUUUGCUUUGCAAAUUCUGUAGGUUAAGUGCAAUUUUAAUCUGUUGUCCAAUCCUGUCUAUUACAAAUUCAAGGAUACAGCAAAAGUUAUUAAUCUUCAUUGCCUCUGCCAGAACUGGAUUUUCUCAAAUUCCAAUUAUAAUAUUGUACUAUAACACUAUGGCACACAAUCCCUGUUAAUUAUUGAACUAUUAUUUGUAUUACUAAGUUACAUAUUUAAUAGCUUUUAGUUAACUAGAGCAGCAGCGCCACAAGUCAAAUUAAGAUGUAUACAUGUAUUAACCUACCCCAGUGGUCCAACAUCUUGCAACAACAUAAAAAUAAAAUACUAGCAAUAGAUAAAAGGUUUCAGAUCUAGUUCUGAUGUCAGAUCCAUUCUGCCUCUGAAAUAAUGCUUUAUCCUCUUUUAUUUUUUCUUAUGGUGUAGAAGAUGUUGAGGAGAAAGUGAGGACUGUAGACCCUGGAGAGUCAGAGUUGAAAAAGCGCGGGGCUGGAGAAAGACAGCAGGUCAGGCAGCAAGCGAGGAGCAAGAGUGUCGACAUUUUGGGCAUAAGUUCUUCUUCGGGUCCUGAAGAAGGGUUAUGCCUGACAUGUCGACUCCCUUCGUAAAAGAUGUUUCCCAACAAAAUACGUUGCUUUUGUUAAAAUGGAGAUGAUCUGAUGUGGAAGUAAAGCAUUGACCCAAAUUUAAAACCUCAAUUUUUGAUCAGAAUUUUGCAGUACCUUUUCUUUGGGCUAAUGGACGAUAACUGUAGAUUUGCAUGUUGACAGCAGAGAACAAUAUGUACCUGUAGCUAGGUUUUUAUGAAGGUUACUGAUUACUUGAGAAAACUUCAGUUGUUGGCUUUAUCUGAUUCAAAACUAGGAGUGUAGUCUUUGUUCAGAAGCUUGAGCACAAUUCUUUUACAAAACUUGUGUAAGUGUAUUAAUGAGGAUGCAAAACUAGUUAUGACCUGGAAACAUUGGGUUGCUGAACUGAAUAUGUCAGUUAAAAUUUCCAGCAGGAACAAGACGCUUGUAGUUUCUGGGAUGGAUUCAACAUAGGCCUAUUGAGAAUGUUGCUAUCAGAAGCCCUGUAGAAAUAUAGGGCCAUCAGUCAAACUCAACAUACCAGCAAAAGAGCUGCUAAAUAAAAAUAUUCAAGCAUUACAAUUGUCAGAAACAGAAGCAAAGUAGAUAGAUUUGUUGCAACAUAUUUGUUGCAUAUCUGACAAAUCGUUAGUAAUGAUUAGUAACAUCUUUGUCACGCAAUUGGAAAUAAAUGACUAUCUUUAACAAGACAGAAUGCAAUCCUCAACCUUUAAUUUUUGAAGGUGUUGCCUUUGCCUUCAUUAACUUCAACCCUAUUGACUAGAAACUGAACAACAACAGCCAUAAAAAUACUGUGGCUACAAGUACUGGGUAUUAUGUGUCAGAGGCUGGCCAUUAUGUGGCAGGUAACUCACAUCCUAUCUCAUCAAUGCCUGUCCAGAAUCUACAAGGCAAAAGUCAAAAAUUGAUGGAAUACUCUCCACUUGCCUGGAUGUGUGCAGCUCCAACAGCACUCAACAAGCUUGACGCCAUCCAAGACGAUUGGCCCACUUGAUCAGCACCCUAUCCAUCAUCUUUUGCAUUUAUUCCCUUCACCACUGCCACAGUCACAGCAGUGUACCUUUUACGAGAUGAGUUGCAGUGACUUAUUAUGCUUGUCCAACAGCACCUUCCAAACCAGUGAACUCUACCAACUAGAAGAACAAAGGUGGUAGAUAAAAGGGAACACCACCACUUGCAAAUUUUACUCCAAACCAGACAGCGUCCUUCACUAUCACUAGGUAAAAAUCUUGGAACUCUCUCCCUAACAGCAAUGUGGAUUUACCUAUUGGUUUUCUAUCAAAUGCUGGCUUAACCUGCCACAUUCAUAUACCAUGAACAAGCAACAAAAGCAUAAUUAAGUUUAAAACUUAAGCACAGUAUGUUGUGAUGUGCUUUGUGUUAUUAUUAAUCAAGUGUGUAAACACCUCUGUAAGCCUAUUUCAUCACAAAUUUUAAUAAUUUGGUGGAGAAUGUUCAUAGUGAUCUGGCUGUGAAAAGUUAGAGUCCUUGUAAAUGGAGAAGAAUAACUGCAAUUCAUGGUUUUCCAGACUUGAUGUACUGAGAACAAUCGAAACAGGAGCAAGCUAGUUUACUUUUCCAUAAGGGGAGGGUACAAAUUUUAUAGCCAGUUAGGUCAGCUUCUACCCCUGUAUUUCACCCCAAUUUGCAGCACCUUACAGUCUCUUUCAAGAGCUCCAAACCCUUCCCCACUUGCCCCCAAGAAUCAUUAUAAAGACAUGGAUGCUGUCAAACUUUUAUUUUAAACAAGCACUCAAUACUGCUAUACCAGUGACAUCAAGAGUAUAAGUGAAUGACAGACUGGGAUUCCCAUUUCAUUGCGCUUAAAGUGUAGAGUGAUGAGGACACAAUGUGCCACAGCAAAUACCUACAGCAGAUUUAGCCACUGAAUAACAGAUGUCAUAUUUUCACUAGCAGAACAUCUAUUUCACUGUAGGAUCAUAUAGAUAGUUGACUAUAUCAAGUUGGCAUACUAACAGCUUAUUAUAUGAUGGAAUAAUGAUAAGGCUCACAUUUAUGCACUCAGAUUCUUGCUGUGUAAGAUUUGUCAGAUACACACAAUACUUUCACGAGAUUUUCUGGAGAGUUCAGAGGAUGUACCUUGAUGGUUGGUUUAAUAUUGUUGUGAACAGAGAACAUAAUUUUGGGGAAGUAACUAAAGAAGGGGAUAUUAAAGCAGUCUUAAGUCCAUAUGAAAUCUUGCACUGUAUUAUAAUAUUUAUUAAAUGUUCAGUUAUUUGUUAACAUUGUUCAGCAAGCCAAAGGUGAAUGUGCAUCUUUCCAACACUAGAAAACUUUACAAUGAGAGAAAAUUUUAUUGAACUUGCAAUUUAGAAUUUUGUUUAUAUUGUAUGAAACCUUUUAAAACAUUUACUAGAGAUAUAACAAAUAUAAAUAUGAUCUAGGAUGUAUGUCAAGACUAAUUGUUUCCCCUUGCAGUUUAAUUCCCUAUAUUUUCAGCAAUCAAAAAUCUACGUUAUUGAAAAUGACUGGCUCAGAAAUGGUUGGUCAUGAAUGUAAUCUAUUAUUUUAGUUUCCAAAUUAGAUCAACUUUGAUAGUGGUAUAGUUCGUUGAAUUUUCCUGCUGCUCAUUGCUGCCGAUGACACUCAAAAUAUUUACCACCAAUAACUGGUAAAUUAAGAUGUAUUUUCACACCUUUGCCCUUGUACAUAAGCCAAAUAAAUACAAUUAAAU